AUGCGGGGGCGUCUUUCUUCGGUUCCUUUCUCCUCUCCCCCUGCCCGACGCAGGUUUGCACAGCCAUGCAUGUUGUGACAUCCCCCUAGCUGUGUGCAUAUGUGUGUCAGGUUCUCUCUGCUGGCCAUCAUGUGGCCUCUAGCUCUGCUGGUCGUUGGCUGCACGCCCCUCGGCCUCGCCAAGUCGCUGCCCAUGAUCCCAACGGGAGGCGACGUGCCGAUGUUGCCUAUGCCUGUCAGUGAGUGCAGUCUGCCCCGCAUCGAGUGCAGUGCCGCGGCGCUCGCUCAAUUGGCUGCCGUGGUGGCGCCCAUGUUCUCGCCCAUGCUGCAGUGGCAGCGACAGCUCAUCUCCUCCUCUCACAGUGGCGGUCACCAUGGCCUGACAAUGAUCUGGGUAAACCUGUCAGUCCCUGAAGGCCGCCAUCAGGCCGCUCUGGUCUUUCCCCUCUCCGGUGCAGAUCGACCUGUGCCGAGAUCUCAUCACAGACCCAUCGCUGGCGGGCGUCAUGGUCUGUGUGCAGCUGCCAGUCCGGCACUAUCCAAGGCCGUUUCAUUCUGCAUUCGUCUCUGUGUGUGUAUGUGUGGUGUGCAGCUCACGUUGUUGGGCAGCCUGGGUGGAGACGGGCUUGGCGUGAGCUGGCAGGCUUACACUUACCUGAGGAUGAUAUGUGAGUUCACCCCUGUCAUCAUGCGAGGCAUUUCCGCGGCAAUCAACAAGAGCCUCAACAAGGUGAAGCCUGCCACGGAGUUCAAAACUCGGCAUCCGGCGACGGCGAAGGCGCUAGAUGAGGUCAAGUCGAAGGUCAAAGUUCUGGCGCUGGCCGUGUUGAAGACAGACAGAAUGGCGGACCCCCAGGUAAGCCGCGCCACGAAUCCUUGUAUCCAUUCGGUUGCUUCCCUCUGCAGCAUGAGCGAAUCUGUCUGCGAGACUGGAAUCGCAAAGGCGCCGAGGCGUGUCCUGAGAAAUACCCUUACAAAUGCUCGCUGGGCUACGAAUGCGCAGUGUCCGGCUUCGCUUGUAGAGAGUACCAGCUGCUCAAGUUCCUCGAGAAGGCGCAGGAAAGGCAUACAUACACACAUCUAUCCACGAGAGACACACAAUCUCUCUCUGCCUGUUGCCUCUCCUCUUUCCGACACGGCAGGCGCACUGUACCUUGUCGGCUACCUGACUGCCUUCCCCCCGACAGCAGGGGCCGCCUUCGCUGUCAGCGCAUUGCAGAGGGUCAUCCGGAAUCGCAAUUUGUUUCUGAAGCGGACCCACAUCCACACGACCGUGAUCGAGCUGCUGACCAAGAGGUGGCACGAUCUGUCCCUCGCGAAGGCCAGCCGGUACGCCACAGUGGCAUGGAUCAUCACCGUCCUGAAGAAGAGCCUCCCACUUGCUGGAAACCUGGCACUUGCACCGAGCAUCACUCUCUCUAAUCCCUGGGGAGCCGUAAGCACACCACACACAAGCACACACACAGGAUCUUGUGUGUGCUUGUGCAGAUGGCAAUUCACAGGUAGGGGAAAUACAUCAACCCAUAGCGCAACGCCAGGUAAUCUCUUAUGUGUGCGAUACGUGAAGCGUGAGCCGUUGUGUCGUGUUGUGACAGGAAUGAGGUCCCUCCUCGGCUGAGUCCUAUCCGCCUCCGGGAGACGCCGCCGGUGACCACUCACAUUCUCAGGCUGCUCGUUUGACUUUCACACCCCUGUCUGAUUGUCUGUCUGUCUGUCUGUCUGUCUGUGAGUGCAGUCUGCCCCGCGUCUGUGUCUGAUUCAGGUGGGCGAGCAAGUAUGUGCCGUUCCUCUUGAGGAAGCUUCGAGCGGGGAUUCCCAAGCUCGGGCGAAAGAUCAAGAGGGCCUGCAUGAAGCUGCGGGACAAAACAGUCCGGCUCUUCUUCCAGAUCCUCGGUAA